AUGAGACAUCCAAGUUAUGAUUUGCAGUCAGGUUUGAGAAAAGGUUCAUGGAGUGUAGAAGAAGAUCGGAAGUUGGUAAAUUAUAUAAAUAAUUAUGGUAUCUCGAACUGGUGUAAGAUGUCAAUAUAUGCUGGUCUUGCGAGAACCGGAAAAAGUUGCAGGUUAAGAUGGAUGAAUUAUUUAGAUCCAAUCAUAAAACGAGGGAACUUCACCAACGAGGAAGAAAAAAUAAUACUUCAUUAUCAUUCAGUUCUUGGAAACAAAUGGUCUAUGAUUGCAAGAGAAGUGCCAGGAAGAUCAGAUAAUGAAAUCAAAAACUACUGGCACACCCAUCUCAAGAAACGCAGUAUCACUCAAGGUCAUCCGGUUCCAAUAACAAAACCUAAGGAAAUGACAAAAUCAAGUGAUGUGGACAAUGUUGAAAGUUUUGUUAAAAGUUUAGUUCUUAAUUCUGCUGAUCAUUUCUUCGCGAGAACAUUCUCAGAUAAAAGUUCUACAUCUGAUCAUGAACAACAAAAAGUCGAGUUUGAAGAAACUAGUUAUUAUGAUAUUAGUUCACCCGGAACAAUUCAAGAUUUCAAAAGUUUCCGACAACAACUUUAUUUUGCUAGUAAUACUGAUCAGGAUUCGGAGCUACAAAAUCCUCUUCAAGAUCCAACUUCUGAUCAUGAGUUCUUCGUUGAUGAUUCAUACAACUUGCAAGAUAUCUAA